CCCUAAUUCCCAAAUCGGCCAAAUCCUAACCAGAGGACCGAGGACGUGCGCGGUGUGGCGGCGAGGACGUGCGGCAGUGCGGCGGCGGCGACUUCCGGCUGCGUCGGCGGAAGGCGGCGCCAAGGCGGGUAGGAGCCUAGGCGGCGCGUCGGGCGGCGGCGACUGCAGUCUAGUCUGCAGCGUGCUCGUCGGCGGCUGCGGCGGAGGCUUCCGGCUGCGGCGUGCGCGGCUGCGUCGGCGGCAGGAGGCGCCGAGGCGUGCAGGCGGCGCGUCGACGGCUGCGGCCGUGCGGCGUUGGGGCUCGGCCAGGCGUGCAGGCCGCCAGUCCGCCAGGCCACCACACAGAGCGAGGCUGUUUGCCGCUGCAGCGCCGGCGGCUCACUAAACCCCAGAACCCCCUUCUCUCGCCGCCGCGCCGCCGCCCCAAUGGCGGUGGACAAAUCCGGCGGCGGCGGAGGCGGAGGCGGCGCCUCUUCCUCCUCGUCGGGCGUCGCCGCCUCCACCAUGGACCGCUUCCACAAGAUCGUCCUCAGCUGGGACUACGUCCGCCUCGUCGCGGACUCCAAGGGCGGGCAGCAGCAGGCGAAGGGGCUGGGGCGCGUGAAGAACACGUACGCCUCGGUGGCCGAGUACCUCGCUGUGUUCGAGCCACUGCUGUUCGAGGAGGUGAAGGCGCAGAUCGUCCAGGGGCGCAGCGACGAGGAGGAAGAGGCUGGGCAGGACUGGCAGAAGGGGAUUGUGGCGUCGUGCACCGAGUCGGAGGGGUUCCACAAGGUGUCCAUGGCCGUGCUUGAUGAUUUCCGGGAGAUGGUGUCGGAGAACGAUCUCCUGCUGCUGUCCAAAGAGAAAUUUGAAGAGGGAGUGACCCCCAGUGCAUAUGCCUUUGCCUUAGUGGAACAGCGGGGUGGCAGAGAAACGAUUUCUCUAAGGACAUUUGUGGCAGGUGAAAUAAAAAAUCUUAAUGUAGCAAAGCCUGUGAGCUGUUCUAGGCUGCAGCGUAUUGCUUCCAUUUUUUCAACUACAGAGAGCUUCCUCUGGAUUUUAAAGAUUUGCAGCUUGUCUACCAUAAUGCGAGAAUUCUCGGGCAUGCACUCUGUAGCAUCACUUCCUUUUAAGGAUCUGAUUCUUUCAGCUAGUGAGAAGAACAGUGGUGGGAAUGAUCAAAACCGUGCUUGGAAUGUCCCUGAGCCACUUAUGGAUUAUCUUAAAACAAACCUUAAUGAUUCACAACUAGAUGCAGUCAACGCAGGUCUUUCUCGCAGAUCCUUUGUUCUUAUCCAGGGGCCCCCAGGAACAGGAAAAACACAAACUAUCCUUGGACUCCUCAGUGCUGUUCUCCAUUCUGCUCCUGCAAGAAUGCAAACCAAAGGUGGUUUUGAUGUUAAAAAACACGGUCCAGAGCUUGAUAUUGAGGGCAAGCAUGCACACUGGAUGAAGGCCUCCCCGUGGCUGAUUGGUGUAAAUCCUCGAGAUUUAAUUAUGCCUGUUGACGGCGAUGAUGGUUUUUAUCCUACUGGGAAUGAGCUAAAACCUGAGGUCGUAAGUUCCAAUCGCAAGUAUCGGGCCCAUGUCUUGGUCUGUGCUCCAUCCAACUCAGCACUUGAUGAGAUUGUGCUGCGAGUUCUGCAAACAGGAAUACGCGAUGAAAAUAACAACACCUAUAAUCCUAAGAUUGUGCGAAUUGGACUGAAGGCGCAUCACUCUGUUAAAGCAGUUUCCAUGGAUUACCUUAUACAACAAAAACUUUCUGGUGUGGAUCGCUCAUCAGAUGGUGGGAGACGAGGGGCUGGUGAAUAUGAUCGAAUUAGAUCUUCCAUUCUUGAUGAAGCAGCCAUCGUGUUUUCUACGCUAAGUUUUAGUGGAUCAUCCAUUUUCAGCAGGAUGGCUCGUGCUUUUGAUGUUGUUAUAAUUGAUGAAGCUGCACAAGCUGUAGAACCAGCAACUCUUAUACCCUUGAUCCAUGGGUGCAAACAAGUUUUUCUUGUUGGUGACCCAGUUCAGUUGCCUGCAACUGUAAUUUCAUCUACUGCUCAGAAGUUAGGGUACGGUACUAGUUUAUUCAAGAGAUUUCAGGCUGCAGGUUUUCCUGUGCAAAUGCUCAAAAUUCAGUAUCGCAUGCACCCAGAGAUUAGUAUAUUCCCCUCAAAAGAAUUCUACGAAGGUGUCCUAGAAGACGGGGAGGGACUCAGCAAGAAACGUCCAUGGCAUUCCUACAGCUGUUUCGGCCCAUUCUGCUUCUUUGAUGUGGAUGGGACUGAGUCCCAACCAUCUGGAAGUGGUUCAUGGGUGAAUGAGGAUGAAGUGGAAUUCAUAACCCUCUUAUAUCAUCAAAUGGCUAUGCGCUAUCCAGAACUCAAAUCUAGUUCCCAGGUAGCUGUCAUAUCACCAUACAGGCAUCAGGUGAAGCUCUUGAAGGACCAUUUUCGGUCGACCUUCGGUGAUCAGUCUAAGGAAGUGAUAGACGUAAAUACAGUUGAUGGAUUCCAGGGGCGUGAAAAGGAAGUAGUCAUUUUCUCAUGUGUUCGGUGCAAUAAGGAACAAAAGAUUGGGUUCGUUUCUGAUUUUCGACGAAUGAAUGUCGCCAUCACAAGAGCUAGGUCUGCUGUACUAGUUGUAGGUUCUGCUUCAACAUUGAAGGAAGAUAAACACUGGAACAACCUUGUUGAGAGUGCAAAAGAGCGGGGUCGCUAUUUCCAGGUUCCGAAGCCAUUCACCGCAUUCUUUGUGGAUGAUAAGCUGAAAACCAUGAAAGUGGAGAGAGCUCCUCCGGAGCUGAGGACUGUGCAAGCAUUGGAAGCAAUAAACGAAGCAGUUGUAGGGCAAGAACUCAUGGAUGUCGACGAUGCUGGCGACCAAGAGGAUGAAGGGUAUGAUGAUGAUCCCGUGGAGGCUGAUGAUGGUGGCGGCGAUGACUAACCAUUCACUACCACAUAGAGGUAUGUAGAAGAGCAACAUUUGUUUAGGUGGACUUGGAUGCUGGACCCCAGCCACAGCCAGGGCCUUUAGUUGAGCCUUCGAAUUACAAAUUCAGUGCCGUGAUUCUUUGCUAUUUCGGGUGCGAGAGGUGGCUGAAUGCCUGAGUUCAUAGUUGCAGGCAUAGCUACAUCUUAUGUUUUAAGUUAUGUAUGUAUACAAAGCCCCUUGCACCAAAAGAGCUGAAAACUGCUCAACUGGCUUUAAUUUGUCUGCGGCUAUAAUUUUGCACGGCAGUUGUGCAUAUUGUUCCAAAAAAAGAAGGUUGCUCUAGGCUGUGGCAGUCUGAUGGCAUUUUCUUUGGUGUUCGUAGGUAAGUGUGUAACCAGUGAUUUAUCUCAUCUUUCUUUUACAUGGGGUACUUGCAGUUGUCGAAGAAAACCAUUGUUUGCUUUUCUAUAUGAAAGCCAAGUGCAUUAACCGCA